CCCCCGCCUCCAGUUUCGCGGCCGCCAGGGUGUCCUCGCGCUGCUCUUCCGCGCGCAGCCUGGCAGUUUGCCUCUUCCUCGUCCUCCAGCCUGCGUCUAUGGCUACCGCCGCCACCGAAGAGCCUUUCCCUUUUCACGGUCUCCUGCCGAAAAAAGAGACCGGAGCCGCCUCCUUCCUCUGUCGCUACCCGGAGUAUGAUGGGCGGGGGGUGCUCAUUGCCGUCCUGGACACUGGGGUCGACCCUGGAGCCCCGGGUAUGCAGGUUACAACUGACGGAAAGCCAAAAAUCCUUGACAUCAUUGAUACAACAGGAAGUGGUGAUGUGAAUACUGCUACAGUAGUGGAGCCAAAAGAUGGUGAAAUUAUUGGUCUUUCAGGAAGAGUGCUUAAGAUUCCAGCAAGCUGGACAAAUCCCUCAGGCAAAUAUCAUAUUGGCAUAAAAAAUGGCUAUGACUUCUAUCCAAAGGCUCUCAAAGAAAGGAUGCAGAAAGAACGGAAGGAAAAAAUUUGGGACCCUGUUCACAGAGUGGCCCUUGCAGAAGCCUGUAGAAAACAGGAAGAGUUUGAUACUGCCAACAAUAACCCUUCUCAAGCAAAUAAGCUAAUCAAAGAAGAGCUUCAAAGUCAAGUGGAAUUACUAAAUUCUUUUGAAAAAAAAUACAGUGAUCCUGGCCCUGUAUAUGACUGCUUGGUAUGGAAUGAUGGUGAAACCUGGAGAGCCUGCAUUAAUUCAAAUGAAGGUGAAGACUUGAGUAAUUCUACUGUAUUGAGAAACUACAAAGAAGCCCAAGAAUAUGGCUCAUUUGGCACAGCUGAGAUGUUGAAUUACUCCGUUAAUAUAUAUGAUGAUGGAAACCUACUCUCCAUUGUGACCAGUGGAGGAGCUCAUGGGACACAUGUAGCUAGCAUAGCUGCUGGGCAUUUUCCAGAAGAACCAGAGCGGAAUGGUGUAGCUCCAGGUGCUCAGAUUCUUGCGAUCAAGAUUGGUGAUACAAGACUAAGCACAAUGGAAACAGGCACAGGCCUCAUCAGAGCCAUGAUAGAAGCUAUAAAUCAUAAGUGUGAUCUUGUUAACUACAGCUAUGGAGAAGCAACUCACUGGCCAAAUUCUGGGCGAAUUUGUGAAGUAAUUAAUGAAGCAGUAUGGAAGCAUAAUAUUAUAUAUGUCUCAAGUGCUGGAAAUAAUGGUCCAUGCCUUUCUACAGUGGGUUGUCCAGGUGGAACUACAUCAAGUGUGAUAGGUGUUGGUGCUUAUGUUUCUCCUGAUAUGAUGGUUGCUGAGUAUUCUCUGAGAGAGAAAUUACCUGCAAAUCAAUAUACUUGGUCUUCUAGAGGCCCAAGUGCUGAUGGGGCCCUUGGAGUGAGUAUUAGUGCUCCAGGAGGGGCCAUUGCUUCUGUUCCGAACUGGACAUUACGAGGAACUCAGCUAAUGAAUGGGACAUCUAUGUCUUCCCCUAAUGCAUGUGGAGGCAUUGCCCUUAUACUGUCAGGUCUGAAAGCUAAUAAUGUUAACUACACCGUUCAUUCUGUCAGAAGAGCUCUAGAAAACACUGCAGUCAAGACUGACAAUAUAGAAGUAUUUGCCCAAGGACAUGGUAUUAUUCAGGUUGAUAAAGCCUAUGACUACCUCAUUCAGAAUACAUCAUUUGCUAAUAAACUGGGUUUUACUGUUACUGUUGGAAGUAACCGUGGCAUCUACCUCAGAGAUUCUAUUCAAGUGGCUGCACCUUCAGAUCAUGGUGUUGGCAUUGAGCCUAUAUUUCCAGAGAAUACUGAAAACACUGAAAAAAUAUCCCUUCAGCUUCAUUUAGCUUUAACUUCAAAUUCAUCUUGGGUUCAGUGUCCUAGCCAUUUGGAACUCAUGAAUCAAUGUAGACAUAUAAACAUACGUGUGGAUCCUCGGGGCUUAAGAGAAGGAUUGCACUAUACAGAGGUAUGUGGCUAUGAUAUAGCAUCCCCUAAUGCAGGUCCUCUGUUUAGAGUUCCAAUAACUGCAGUUAUAGCAGCAAAAGUAAAUGAAUCAUCGCAUUAUGAUGUAGCCUUUACAGAUGUACAUUUUAAACCUGGUCAAAUUCGAAGGCAUUUUAUUGAGGUUCCUGAGGGUGCAACAUGGGCUGAAGUUACAGUGUGUUCGUGUUCUUCUGAGGUGUCAGCCAAGUUUGUUCUUCAUGCAAUACAGCUUGUGAAGCAAAGAGCAUAUCGAAGUCAUGAAUUCUAUAAGUUUUGUUCCCUUCCAGAAAAAGGAACACUGACUGAAGCUUUUCCUGUCUUAGGUGGGAAAGCAAUUGAAUUUUGCAUUGCUCGUUGGUGGGCAAGUCUUAGUGAUGUCAAUAUUGAUUAUACUAUUUCUUUCCAUGGGAUAGUUUGUACUGCUCCUCAGCUAAAUAUUCAUGCAUCAGAAGGAAUCAAUCGUUUUGAUGUUCAGUCCUCCUUGAAAUAUGAAGAUCUGGCUCCCUGCAUAACUUUGAAGAGCUGGGUCCAAACACUACGCCCAGUGAGUGCAAAAACAAAGCCUUUAGGAUCAAGAGAUGUAUUACCGAAUAAUCGUCAACUCUAUGAGAUGAUCCUGACAUACAGCUUUCAUCAGCCCAAGAGUGGAGAAGUAACUCCAAGUUGCCCGCUACUUUGUGAAUUAUUAUAUGAAUCAGAAUUUGACAGCCAGCUGUGGAUUAUUUUUGACCAAAACAAAAGACAGUUGGGUUCAGGUGAUGCUUAUCCACAUCAGUACUCUUUGAAACUGGAGAAAGGAGAUUAUACAAUUCGACUACAGAUUCGUCAUGAGCAAAUCAGUGAUUUGGAACGUCUUAAAGAUCUUCCAUUUAUUGUUUCUCAUAGGUUGUCUAAUACCUUGAGCUUAGAUAUUCAUGAAAAUCAUAGCCUUGCACUUCUAGGAAAGAAGAAGUCAAGCAUUCUGACAUUACCACCCAAAUAUAACCAGCCAUUCUUUGUUACUUCCUUACCUGAUGAUAAAAUACCUAAAGGAGCAGGACCUGGAUGCUACCUUGCAGGAUCCUUAACAUUGUCAAAGACUGAACUUGGAAAGAAAGCUGAUAUAAUCCCUGUUCAUUACUACCUAAUACCUCCACCAACAAAGACUAAGAAUGGAAGCAAAGAAAAAGAAAAAGAUUCAGAAAAAGAAAAAGAUUUAAAAGAAGAGUUUACUGAAGCAUUACGAGAUCUCAAAAUUCAAUGGAUGACAAAGCUGGAUUCUAGUGAUAUUUAUAAUGAGUUGAAAGAAACAUAUCCUAAUUAUCUUCCACUGUACGUUGCACGACUCCAUCAGUUGGAUGCUGAAAAGGAAAGAAUGAAAAGACUAAAUGAAAUUGUUGAAGCUGCAAAUGCUGUUAUCUCUCAUAUAGAUCAGACAGCCCUAGCAGUUUAUAUUGCAAUGAAGACUGACCCCAGACCUGAUGCAGCUACUAUAAAAAACGAUAUGGACAAACAAAAAUCUACCCUCGUAGAUGCCCUUUGUCGAAAAGGAUGUGCACUGGCAGACCACCUUCUUCACUCACAAACUCAAAAUGGGGCUGUUUCAUGUGAUGGAGAAGGAAAAGAGGAAGAAGGAGAAAAUGCUUUGGAUUCUCUAACGGAAACUUUUUGGGAAACUACAAAAUGGACUGAUCUUUUUGACAAUAAGGUUUUGACAUUUGCAUACAAGCAUGCACUAGUAAAUAAAAUGUAUGGGAGAGGCCUUAAAUUUGCAACUAAACUUGUGGAAGAAAAACCAACAAAAGAAAACUGGAAAAAUUGUAUUCAACUGAUGAAGUUACUUGGAUGGACUCAUUGUGCGUCUUUUACUGAAAACUGGCUCCCCAUCAUGUAUCCUCCUGAUUAUUGCAUAUUCUAAAAUGGGAACCAAGACUUAAAAUUUAAAAAAAGAAAGUUUUAUAGUGAAUGGAUAUAAAAACAAAUUUGUGGCAUUUUUAAUCUAAUGCAUGUUUUCAUCUGCUAUCAAAUACUGAUUAUUAAAUGAUGUGUAUUUAUC